CCCUUCAUUUUUUUAAUUUGUUUUUUUUUAAUAUUUUGCGUUGGCUUUCCUGCACGACGGACCAACUGCUGCCACAACAGGAACGCAUACACUUAACCACUCUUAUGACCGUAAUACUAAAUUAAUAUCCGUAUUUUCUUCAUGAUGCCAUUUCAUUUUAAUAUUUUCUCAAAUACACACCUCUUACACAACCUUCAAAUUUCCACCUCCUACCAUUUGAAAUUCUCAAAAAUCCACUUCCAAAUGAUGCCUACCCUUCACGCUGGGAACCCUACGUGUAUACGUGUGACUUGCAGCCGACGCUUGGGCUGACGCUUCCAAACAAAUCGACGAUACGGUGUCGCAGCCGCAAGCAGGUAGUCGAAUGUUUACACCACUCUACUUUACCAGAGUUAUCCCAUAAAGAUCCGAGCACCGAGCAACUGAAUUUGUUCCGAUGCGAUUGAGAAAGAAGAAAGCAGCCCGCCCGUAUCUCUCUGCAACAUUUUGUAUCCGCGUGAAUCGAUGCUGAACCAUCUUGAGAGCCUACAGCCGCUGACAAGAUCUGCGAGUGCUGCCACGGUCAAAAAUUUGCUGGCUGCCUGACGUCACAUCCUGCAUCUUGUAAGUGGGCAUUUACUGAGUGAGACAAGGACAACAGCAGAAGGCCAAGCAACUUCAUGCCAAGCUUGCUGCAAAGUUUUUCAAGUCUCAGCUGGACCAUGCAUCACUUCAAUCUGGCAUGAGGUCGCGCUGGGCUGUAUACUACUGCUAGGACUGCGCCUUGACAACGUGAUCCAGAGUACUUCCCCCGCGUGCAGUAGGAAUCGCCCGCAACGUCGCCGUAACAAUGGACCAAUCGCUGCUGCUGGCCCUGCCGGACGACGCGCUGCUGGCCGUGCUGGCGUUCCUGCCGCCGAGAGAGCUGUUCAAAUGCCGCGUACUGUGCCGUCGCCUCCGCGACCUGUGCCUGCACGCGGACCUGUGGCGCCGCGUCCGACUGCCGACUUGCGAUCCCACGUUGCGAGCCGCCCUCCGCCUUGCACCCUGCCUCCGCGAAGUUCUCUGGUAUUACCUUGGUGCAACUGCCCCGUGGGCUGAGGAUGAAGACCCGGAGUUGUCUCGCUCUGCGUGUGUUGUUGCCCGGCUUAAGCUGUAUGUAAACAAUAUGAACGAGUUGCGGGCUUCGGCUGCAGUGUUGAAGCAAUCCAGCUUAGGUGGUGUAAAGGAGCUUGUCCUCACGUUCUUUCCGAACUACUGUGGGGCAGCCACAAGGUGGAAAACCUUUCAACUGGUUUCGGCGAUUAACCAAGUAAACCAUCUCUAUAGUUUGCAAAUUAAAAUUUUUUCUAAGGAUGCGCUGUUAGAGCCAUGGUUUGCGGUGGUUGGCAUGGUUGGUGUCUCUUCCUUGAAGAAGCUCAGUUACGCCUCGCCUUCCUAUGAUUUUUAUCUGGAAUAUUUACUGAAGACGCAUGCGGCCACCCUCGAAGAUGUACACCUGGACUUGACGCAUAUUCCCGUGUCGUCACUGAAACUGCUACUGAACCUGCGCACCUUGUCCUUCGAAACAGACUCAGGGGAUGAUCUGUCCGAACUGGAGAACUUGCCCAACCUCUCCUCAUUAAAAUUCGGGUUGAACUGUACAUUUUCUACAGGUGGACUGAAACUCCUGCGCAGGGCACCGCGGCUCCGCUCUGUAUCGGUUCCUUGCGCCGAUCCUGACCCCACUGCCCCGCUGCUUGCACUGGCCGCAUCGCCCUCGGCCCUUAUCCUUGAGACCCUUCAUUUGGACGGACUUCCAUCGUCCAGCCUCCUUGGCCACAUGGCCGCCGCUCUGCCUCAGUUCCCGGCGCUGCGGACCCUCUCCAUGGUUAUCAGUUUCCAGUACAAGGAAGUGGACUUGGCAGACUUCGUGCGGGCCGUCAGUCCAACGACAGCCCCGCGCCUCACCAUGCUGGCGCUGCAGUUAACCCCUCCUGAAGGUGUGUGCCCUCAAGCCUGGAUUCACGGCCCCUCUAUACGAGACCUGCUGCAAAGGAACCCUUCCCUCCACCUUCGCGCGCUGUUGUUACCCUGUUACUACGUUAAUUGCUCGUGGUGCCUCUGGGAUCUGAGAGAAACACGCCAAGCCGUACUCGGGGCACACGCCAGGCAGGCUGGCUGCCCUCCAGACUGUUACCGGUGGCUUUGAUCGUGCUAAGCUGGCAUUCCCAUUGUCCGAUUGCUAUCUGCUGGUACAAGCAGUGCAUUUCACAUAUUGUUUAAGUUCUUCUCUACUUUUGUUCGUUGUCAUCUUGUUACGUGUAAUUUUAGAAUGAUUUCCCUAGUCAGUAGUACUGCACUUUCUCUCAUCAGCAGGAAGAGUUCUCUCUUUCGUUCACAAUUGGUGGCUAACUAAAUACACUUAGUUCCCUAGUGGGAAUUUAUGGAUGACUUUGGAUGUCGUAUUCUAGACAUCCAGGGACAUCCAGGAUGUUCCACUGACAUCCACGGACAUCCCGAGUGUUUCAUUCUGGAAGUCCCUGGAUGUCAGCUCCUCACAUCCAAAAUGGUCCAACCACAUCCACCGACAUCCAAGCGACAUCCAUUCACAUCCAACGACGUUCCCUGACAGCCCAGCCACAUCCAUUCAGAUCCACCAACAUCCAUAUCCAGUAACGACCUCCACUGUCAUCCGUUUGCAUCCACCUGCAUCCAUGCUCAUCCAUCGGCAUCCAUCGACAUCCAUUCACAUCCAAAUGACAUCCAUCGUCAUCCAUUCACAUCCACUCUCAUCCAAUCACAUCCAAAUGACACCCAUUCUCAUCCAUCGACAUCCAAUCACAUCCAAAUGACAUCCAUUCUCAUUCAACAUCAUCCAUUUACCUCCAUAUGACAUCCAUUCUCAUCCAAACGACAUCCCAGCUCUUCCACCUACAUCCAUUAACAUCCAAAAGACAUCCAUUCUCCUCCACCGUCAUCCAUUAUCGUCCAUAUAUCAUCCAUUCUCAUCCACCAACAUCCACUCACAUCCAAAUGACAUCCAUUCUCAUACACUGUCACCCAUAUGACGUCUAAUCUCAUCGUCCAUCGACAUCCAUUCACAUCCAAAUGGUAUCCUGUGGGGGAAGUUUCUAAACCUAAACGACCGUUAGGCGCAAAUGCCGAAAGGACCAUGUAUGAUAAAUGAUCGCAAAACUGUGCCACAGCCUAGUUAAAACAUCAACCAACACUGUAACCGAGAACGAACAACGGCACGUUGAGCACAACGCCAUCUGGCGGCGGCUCCAUAAACCUCAUCCUCACAGUAUGAAUGUUCGGGCGCUCACAUCACCGACAUACAUUCUCAACGACCGUCAUCCAUCGUCAUCCAUAUGCAUCCAAAUGCCAUCUCUUUGCAUCCCAGCAACAACCAGGCGCAUCCCAGCGACAUCCAUUCAGAUCCAAGUGACUUCUAUUCGAAUCCAAGUGACUUCCAUUCACUUCCAUCGCCAUCCACCCCUAUCCAAACGACAUCCAUACUUUUCCAGUCACAUCCAUUCACAUCCAUUCUAAUCCAUUCACAUCCAAAUGACAUCCAUUCUCAGCCACUCACAAACAUUCACAUCCAAAUGACAUCCAUUCACAUCCAAAAGACAUCCACUCACAUCCAAAUGA